CUGUACCCGCAGUGUCACACACACACAGUGUCAUACACAUAGUGUCACAGUGUCACACAAUGUCACAAUGUCACAGUGCAACACACACUAUGUCACACACACAAUGUCACAGUGUCACACACCGUCCCACAGGUUCCUGGAGGAGGGCGGCUACGUGCUGUACCCUCAGUGUCACACACACAAUGUCACACUGUCACACACAGUCACACAGUGUCACACACACUGUCACACCGUCCCACAGGUUCCUGGAGGCGGGUGGCUACGUGCUGUACCCGCAGUGUCACACACACACAGUGUCUCACACACACAGUGUCACACACACACAGUGUCACACACAAAGUGUCACACACACAGUGUCACACACACACAGUGUCACACACACCGUCACACUGUCCCACAGGUUCCUGGAGGCGGGCGGCUACGUGCUGUACCCUCAGAUCGGCGACCGCCUGGACCUGGUGUGUCCGGGCGGCGCGGGGUACGAGUACUACAAGCUGUACCUGGUGGGGGGGGCGCAGGCGCGGCGCUGCCAGGUGCCCCCCGCGCCCACCCUGCUGCUGACCUGCGACCGCCCCCAGCGCGACGUGCGCUUCACCAUCAAGUUCCAGGAGUUCAGCCCCAACCUCUGGGGCCACGAGUUCCGCCGCCAGCACGACUAUUACAUCAUCACCACCUCGGACGGGACCCCCGAGGGGCUGGAGAACCGGCAGGGCGGGGCCUGCCUGACCCGGGCCAUGCGGGUCACCCUGCGCCCUCAGUUCAGCGUCUAA